ACCAGGAAGCCGAGCGGCAGCUCCUGCAGGCUGACACUGCAGGCUGAAGCAGUGGGAGAAGCCCAGCCGCUCCACUUCGGAGCAAGGAGGAGGAAGGCAGGCAGGCACCCCCCAGCAGGACGGCUGGCCGCCGGGGGCUUGCAAAUUGCAAGAAACGGCCCCCCCCUAACCAGCUGCCGAGCCCGGGGUCCAUGAGCUGUUGAAGACAGUCAACCCCAAAGCUAUGGGGCUGUUCAACCAAGCCGAGCUGUGUCCUUAUACAGCAGCCUUGGACAAGGGUCAACUUCUGGACGAGCAGAAAUGCAGCCAGUCACCAGAUUGCGAGGGUUCCCCGGCUCCGAGCAAUGCUGAAGGGGAUUCGCUUUCUUCUGAAAAUGAUUCCCCGCCAGGAAGUCAUUCCAGUGGCUGUGUGGAAGAUGAUGAAGCCAGUAGCACAGAGAGUGCCCAACAUGGGCAUGUGAAUCCUUGUAGUGGAAGCACUGGUGGUGAUCCUGAAGGCGAUCAGCGUGCAGCUCUGAGGAAAAUCUCAGCUCUUGAAAAUCAGCUCAAGGAGCUGCAUCAUCGGAAGAAAGAGCUGAAUAUAGAGAUGGACCUGGAAGGUGCCUUGUUAGAAGGGGAACUGCAGGAAGAGAGGCAGGCGCUGAAGCAGGAGGAGGAACGGCUGCUGGAACUGAAAGAACGUCUCCUGCAGACAGAGCUGAAGUGCCGCGAAGAACGGGAGAAGGAGAAGGCACGUCUGCAACGAGAACGUCAGAGGGUAGAGGAGCUCCAGAGACAACAUGCCGAGUCGCAGAUCCACCUAAACAGCCAGCCGGAGUCGAUGCGUGAACGGAUGCAGAGGCAGCUACAAGAAACGUCUGAGAUGCUAGAAGGAGCCCUGAGAUGUUAUGAAGAUCUGGAAUUCCAACAGCUGGAACGGGAAAGCCACCUAGAAGAGGAAAAAGAAGCAGCUUGUCGAGCUCUGACUGAAGAGAUCACCCAGUUGCAGAACAGCAUCAACCAAAGGAAGAAGACAGUGCAGAAGCUGGAAGGCCAAGCCCUUCUAACACAAGAACAAAUGAUGGGUGUGUGUCAGAGAUUUGCACAAGAGGAGGGAGAGGCUGUCAGCAAUCUCAACGCGGAGAAAAGCCGCCUCGUGGACAUGAGCCAGGAGUAUUCGGAGAACGGGGAGGGCCUGUCAGAAAAUAAGGAGGGCGUGACACAGCUGACUUUUACCCAAAAAACGGAUCGGAAGGUCAUUGUCUUGGGUUCCGACCAAUCAGAUGCAUCCUCCUGUGUCUUCUCUGUCUGCAGUUCUGUCAAGAGUUCUCUUGGACUGCAGCGGACUGCCAGUCUAUCUCGCAGAAGUAAGAACCGUCUCCCGGCGUGCUCUCCUCAACGUCCCAUUUCAAUGCAUGGUGCUCUGGAUCCCAGUCUUCUCGUGGCUCAGCUCUCCAGUGGAAGCAAUGGUCAUUAUCUGGGAAGCCCAAACCUCCAAUUCUCACGUUACAACAAACCCCUUUACCAGCUGCUGGGUGGCCAGGCAACUACCAGGCAGCUGGGCGGAACUUCGCAAGGAGCUUACAGCCUUGAAAACUGCGUCACCAAACUGGCAGAGAUGGAACGCCGGGUGCGGGAAGCCAUGGCGGAACGGGAACGAUUGCUGCAAGAAAGGGAAGCUAAGAAAGUAGCUGAGGAGGUGAAACGUAUGGAAUUAUCCCCUUCGAACGUGAUCCACAACCACAUGGAGAUCCAGGAACCUAAACCAGCUGCCUUUGACCUACGCAAACAUCUAGAGGCCUCGGGACAUAGCGUCGAGACCUGCCAGCACGUGAGAGUGACCAGCAAAUCUUGCAAAGGUUACCUGGUCAAAAUGGGCGGGAGGAUCAAAACUUGGAAGAAACGUUGGUUCACCUUUGAUCGCCAGAAGCGGGUCUUGGCGUACUACACAGACAAAGAAGAGACCAAGCUUAAGGGUGUGAUCUACUUCCAGGCCAUUGAAGAAGUUUACUGCGACCAUCUCCGUAGUGCUUUCAAGAGUCCCAACCCCAAACUGACCUUCUGCGUCAAGACUUAUGAUCGUCUUUUCUGUAUGGUGGCGCCAAGUCCAGAGGCUAUGAGGAUCUGGAUGGAUGCAAUUGUCACAGCAGCUGAGGAGAACACCCGAUACUGACCAGAUUUUUCGUACAAACAUCGCUUUGGGAAUGUAGCAUUUCUCCCCAAGGUUUUGCUGGGAUAUCUCCUUCUAAGGGAAAACUGAUCAACGAGGGAUCCAGUGGCAGAAGUUGGAUGCUUUAUGUGUUUGUUGGCGUCCAACUACCAUAUAGUGCCUGUUUGGUAUCCAGCAUUCCAACUGUUGAUCCUUGAAAAUGGAUAGCUUGGAUGUUUUGUGUUGUUUUAAAUGGACCCAGUUCAGAAGACAUUUCUGAUCACAUGGUCUGCUGGAGAAGACUUCAAAUGGCAUUUUGGAAGACAGGCUGUUGGUAUGGAUUCCAGCCAGUUGCAUGAAAGAUGGCAAUCUAUUCCAGAGAAUUCAUGCCGAUUUCUCUGGAAGAUGCCCUUAACUAAGAAAAGGACACUGUCUGGAAAUCAGAUGAGAUUUUUGCAAUGACAUGAGUCAUUUGGCUUAUGUGAAAAUGCUCUUGAGAGUUGUGUUGGACACUUUGAUUGGAAUUGCCGCUUUCCUUGAUCAGAAGGGAGAACUUCUCCCCACCCUGUAUAGAACUUUGUAUAUUUAUUAUGUGUUUUGGGUCUUUUCUUUAAAAACCUGGGAACACUGUUCCAAGGGAAACCGUGUACAAAACCAUGUAUGGAAUAUUUAUUGCAUAAACUGUUAAGUGAAAACACA